AUGCAAAUGAAUGAAUGUAAAUUUUUUCAUUAUGCACCAAACGAUGAUAAGUUUUAUCAUAUAACUAGCCAAAUCAUUUUACAAGGCUCCGUCUCUUCGGAUGAUCACAAUUAUGAUCAUGGGUUCUUUUAUAAUAUUAACCCUACAACCAAUUAUUAUGUCUCAUGCAAAAUACUUCCACAUUCUUUGAUCAUUAAUAUAUUGAACAAAAAAAUAUAUGGAAUAGAUAUUGCCAUGAAUAACUUGGAGCGAGAAGAAUCAUUAUCUUUGAAUCAAAAAUUGGAUUUGGAACAAGACUUGAAACAAGUUCUUCCUUUUCAUCUUACGCAUUAUCAAUUUCUUAAUAGUAGAGAAAUAAAAAUGAAUUCUGAUCGAAACUUAAAUCCUUCAUACGGUGAUAAUACACAGACAAUUUCAUUAACUGAUAGUCAAACUAAUUUUGAAAAUGGCUUUCCUCAACAAACUAGAGUUAUUAAUCCACAACAAGAAGUUUUCAACAAUAUUCCACAACAAAUCCCUGAAGGAUUACGUUGCAAUGGAAAUAUAAAUCCAUUUCAUGGAAAUGUUGGGAAUAAUGUAAUGGUAACGCAAGGAGCUUCAAUCGCCAACAGCCAAAAUAAUGAUUUUCUUCAACCCAUCAACCCCCCUUCAACAUCUGCAGCGCCACAAAAUAGAAUUGCAUAUGAUGUGAUUAAUUCGCAACAACAAAUUGGUUCCAAUAAUAUUCCGCAACACAUUGCUGAUAGAGAUAUGAGAUCGAAUUAUCAUGGAAAUAUAAAUCAAAACAAUGGUAAUGAUAGUCAGAAUGUAAAUGGAGCUAGAAACUUUACUUACACACAGCAACAAAUUGACAUCAACAAUUAUUAUGGAAAUUCAGAUUUACAUAAUGGUAAUAGUGAGAACAAUGUGAUGACAACGCAAGCUAAUGACUUGACAUGCGAUCACCAAAAUGAUAUUCAACAAGUUGAUCUCAAUAAUAACUAUGGGUACACAGACUUGCAAAAUGAAAAUAUUGGAAAUAAUAUAAGGACAACGCAAGCUAACGGCUUGACACGCGAUUACCAAGAUAUAAAUGAUAUUCACCAAUUUAAACAUAUCAACGAUAAUUAUGAGGACACAGAUCCGCAUAAUAGUAAUAUUGGGAAUGAUUUAACGACAACGCAAAUUAAUUCACCAAGUUACUCAACUACAGCAACAAGUUGA